CCGCCAUGGCGCCGCCGCCGCGCUGACCGCGCUGCGCCGCCAUGGCCGGGGCCAUCGCGUCCCGCAUGAGCUUCAGCUCCCUCAAGCGCAAGCAGCCCAAGACCUUCACGGUGCGCAUCGCCACCAUGGACGCCGAGAUGGAGUUCAGCUGCGAGGUGAAGUGGAAAGGGAAGGACCUGUUUGAUCUGGUGUGCAGGACCCUGGGGCUGCGGGAGACCUGGUUCUUUGGGCUGCAGUACACCAUCAAGGACACGGUGGCUUGGCUCAAAAUGGACAAAAAGGUCCUGGAUCAUGAUGUUCCCACAGAAGAGCCCAAAACUUUUCACUUCCUGGCCAAAUUUUAUCCUGAGAAUGCAGAGGAGGAAUUGGUCCAGGAAAUCACCCAGCACCUGUUCUUCCUGCAGGUGAAGAAGCAGAUUUUGGAUGAGAAGAUCUUCUGUCCUCCUGAAGCCUCUGUCCUGCUGGCCUCCUAUGCUGUCCAAGCCAAGUAUGGUGACUACGAUCCCAACGUGCACAAGAGAGGCUUCCUGGCACAGGAGGAGCUGCUUCCCAAGCGGGUAAUAAACCUGUACCAGAUGACUCCAGAGAUGUGGGAGGAAAGGAUAACAGCCUGGUACGCAGAGCACCGGGGCAGAGCCAGAGAUGAAGCUGAAAUGGAGUAUCUGAAGAUAGCCCAGGACCUGGAAAUGUACGGCGUCAACUACUUCGCCAUCAGGAAUAAAAAGGGCACAGAGCUGCUCCUUGGAGUUGAUGCCUUGGGUCUGCACAUUUAUGACCCAGACAACAGGUUGACCCCUAAAAUCUCCUUCCCAUGGAACGAGAUCCGGAAUAUCUCCUACAGUGAUAAAGAGUUUACGAUUAAGCCAUUGGACAAAAAGAUUGAUGUUUUUAAAUUCAAUUCAUCAAAGCUGCGUGUGAAUAAGCUGAUCCUUCAGCUGUGCAUUGGGAACCACGACCUCUUCAUGAGGAGGAGGAAGGCAGACUCGUUGGAGGUGCAGCAGAUGAAGGCACAGGCCAGGGAGGAGAAGGCCAGGAAGCAGAUGGAGCGACAGUGCCUGGCACGAGAGAAGCAAAUGAGAGAAGACGCUGAGAGGACCAGGGAUGAGCUGGAGAGGAGGCUGAUGCAGCUGAAGGAGGAGGCAACCAUGGCCAACGAGGCUCUGAUGAGGUCGGAGGAGACGGCGGAUCUGCUGGCGGAGAAGGCGCAGAUCACGGAGGAGGAGGCCAAGCUGCUGGCGCAGAAGGCGGCCGAGGCCGAGCAGGAGAUGCAGCGCAUCAAGGCCACGGCCAUCCGCACUGAGGAGGAGAAGAGGCUGAUGGAGCAGAAGGUGCUGGAGGCAGAGAUGUUGGCACUGAAAAUGGCCGAGGAGUCAGAGAGGAGGGCAAAGGAGGCUGAUCAGCUCAAGCAGGACCUGCAGGAGGCUCGCGAGUCGGAGCGCAGAGCCAAGCAGAAGCUCCUGGAGAUCACCAGCAAGUCUUCCUACACACAGUCCAUGAACUCGAGUACCACAGCACUGCCCACUGACCUGCCCAGCUACAACCUCAUCAGUGAGAGCCUCUCCUUCGACUUCAAGGAUACAGACAUGAAGAGGCUGUCCAUGGAAAUCGAGAAGGAGAAGGUGGAGUACAUGGAGAGGAGCAAGCACCUGCAGGAGCAGCUCAACGAGCUGAAGACAGAAAUUGAGGCACUGAAGCUCAAGGAGAGGGAGACAGCUCUGGAUAUUUUGCACAACGAGAACUCCAGCCGGGGCAACAGCAAGCACAACACUAUUAAAAAGCCUCAAGCCCAGGGCAGAAGACCUAUCUGCAUUUGAGAAUUCCAAGUAGGUUAUUCCAAGCUCACCCUGCAGAGCACCAAGUCGCGGGUGGCGUUCUUCGAGGAGCUCUAGGGAGGAACCGCUGGCACCGGAGCCGGCAUCGCCCCGGAGCCGCCGCCGUGUGCACACCCACGGACUCGGGCCCGGCUGCCCACGGACUCUGUGAUGGUCUCUAGCUUUGCAGCCGUUCAUCCUCCUCCUGACACUUUCUUUUCCUGGGUUUUCCAGCUUUUAUUCCUUAUUUUUCUACCAUUGCUUCCAGGCUCGGCCCUCCAGGCUUUUCCCUGGAGCCGGGGUCGGGGCUGUGGCCGUGCCUGCCCACCCUGGCAGCCAGCAGAGAGUGUGCCCGAGGGUCUCCCUGGGAGGGGUGGGCACCCCUCGGGGUUGGCUUCUCUGGGCUCUGGAGCUUGGUGUGCCAGCCCAGAGCCCCCGGUGCCGGUCUGGAAUCCCUCGGGCCGGCCCUGGAGCCCUCGGUGCCGGUGUGGAAUCCCUCGGGCCGGCCCUGGAGCCCCCGGUGCCGGUGUGGAAUCCCUCGGGCCGGCCCUGGAGCCCCUGGGGCCGGGCUGGAAUCCCUCGGGCCGGCCCUGGAGCCCCCGGUGCCGGUCUGGAAUCCCUCGGGCCGGCCCUGGAGCCCCCGGUGCCGGGCUGGAAUCCCACGGGCCGGCCCUGGAGCCCUCGGUGCCGGUGUAGAAUCCCUCGGGCCGGCCCUGGAGCCCCCGGUGCCGGUCUGGAAUCCCACGGGCCGGCCCUGGAGCCCUCGGUGCCGGUGUGGAAUCCCUCGGGCCCGCCCCGGAGCCCCGCACGGAGCCGGGAGCUCCAUUAGGAUCCCGAGCAUGUUCCAGUGGAGUGCUGUAAAUCAGGAACGCCGCGCUGGGGCGGGAGAGGAGCAGGGAGCGGGAGGAGCGGGACCUGGGGCUGGGGGGAUGCUGGGCUGCUCCCCUAGGGAGAGGAGGUGGGAGGAAGGGCUUCUCCUCCUCCUCCUCCUCCUCUCUGCUGGGAGCAGGGAGCGGGAGAACAGCUAGUGCCAACCAAAUGAAACCUUACUGUUCCUGCAAACUGUGACGAACCCGGGCAGCUCCAGGCUGGGGGAUCCCGGGGCUCCGGGCCGGGCUCUCCCGGGCUGUCCCAGCCCCUCGGAUCCCCCGGGAGUGCCGCUGUCCCGGGCUGGGCCCGGGCUGCCUGUCCCGCCUGUCCCAUCGCGGGUGCCUUGCUCUGACCCCCAUUGGGGGAACAGGGAUGCCUUGACCUUCCCUUCCUGUCUCCGUCCCAAACCCUGGGCCCCUCUCGGCUGGAAUCCUCUUCCAGAGCCGGUGCUGCCCCGGGGAUCCCUCACAUCCCCUCGGGACCCCCAAUUCCUCCUCCCCACGGCCCCCCAGAGGCUCAGUGUGGAGUAACCCCCGUCCCAGCGCUGUUUAUUUAACCCCGGGCUCAUUCCCCGCACGCGGCUGCAGCUCGGAUGGCUGUGGCCUGGCACAGCCGCCUUCCCGUUCCCUGGACUGUUGUACUCCGAAGGAAUAACUGUUUUCUCCUGUUUUAAUAAAAAUUCACAGCACUGCGAGGGGA